AUGGGUGGCCAAGGAAGAGAGGGCGGAAAGGCGAAGCCUCUGAAAGCCCCCAAGAAGGAAAAGAAAGAGCUGGAUGAGGAAGAUCUUGCAUUCAAAGAGAAGCAGCGAGCCGAUGCCAAAGCCAAAAAAGAAUUAGCAGAAAAGGCAAAGGGGAAAGGCCCCCUGAACUCUGGACAGCAAGGGAUCAAGAAUGACACUCGAUCCAAGCGAGCAAUAUUUGGGAAAACCAAUCGGGGUCGUGGCCAGGUUAACGCAACAAGUCCGCAGUUACGAAUACACGAAGGAACGCAAGAUUUGUGGAAAUGA